AUGUCAGCACUCAACGCGGCUCAAGAUGUCGCUAUUCGCAAGGUCGUCGCUGCCAUGGAGGACGUCUACGGCCCGAUUGGCACCUUGACGCCUUCCCAGGCCCAAGGCUGGACGCCUCCUCCCGCCCCCUCUGGGCAUCUAGGUCGAUACUUGUGGACUGACGCCUUUGGCGUCCUCAACUUCAUCACACUUCACCGUCUCACCGGCUCAUCCACCUACCUCGCUUGCGCUGCUCGGCUGAUAGAUACUGUCCAUAGCGUCCUUGGCAAGACGCGUUCUCAAGACAAGCAUCUCCCCGGCGCGUCGCCAGAACGACCUCUCGCUGGGGGGCUACGCAUUGGGAAGGACGACGAGUCAGGCUCGGAUGGGGACGGGCAGUACCACCACUAUCUCACCAUCUGGAUGUUCGCUCUCAAUAGGAUGACUGUGGCCGCAGGGGAGACGAAGUAUAACGAGCUUGCUAUCCAACUCGCCAGAGCCAUUCAUCCCGCUUUUGUCGUCAAUCGAGACUCCUUCACGCCUCGCAUGCGGUGGAAGAUGUCCAUUGACCUCUCUCGGCCUCUUGUUUCAAGCCAAGGGAACCUUGACCCCAUCGAUGGCUAUGUAGUCUUCAGCCUCCUGCAGAAGACAGCAGGCGACACCACCAUUCUCAAGGAGGAGAUCCAGGACUACAAGAAGAUAGUCGACAUGAAAUGGAGGUACAUGGAAUCCGAUGAUCCGCUCGACCUAGGGAUGACGUUAUGGAGCGUACAUUGGAUGGCUAAGGAGGAACCUUGGGCAGCGGCAAUCAUGGAGCGUGCAUCGGAAAAUCUCAGGGAGCUCACAUUUGUAAACCGCUACUUCGAGUACCCUCUCGAGCGCCGUCUCGCCUUCCGCGAGUUCGGGACAUGCUUAGGGAUCAAAUGCGCUUCGAUUUUGUCGGAGUCACAGGAGGAGAAUGAGGAUCUUGUGGGCCUGGCAGAGAAUAUUCUGGAUCAAUGGGAGGGGUCUGAGACUGGAGACGAAAAGCUUAAUGGGGUGAUCAAGAAGCAGGUACUUAGGCCUAUCACGAAAGUCAUGUAUGCGACUGCUCUUGUCCCUGGAGAGAUUUUCUAUAAAGCAGCUAUGACAUAUGCCUUACUACCUGUGGCGGUCAAUAUGGAUAAACAUGCCUUCUAA